AUGGACCCACGAGGUUUGAAGGAAGAUCUGCGUCUCUUUCAGAGCACUUUGCUUCAGGACGGGCUCAAAGAACUCCUAAAUGAAAAUAAAUUGGUGGACUGCAUCCUGAAGGUGGGGGACAGGAGCAUCCCCUGCCAUCGCCUUAUCCUGGCUGCAUGUAGUCCUUACUUCCGGGAGCUUUACUUCUCUGAGGAUGGCAGAGAAGUGGACAAAAAGGAGGUGGUUCUGGAGGAUCUGGAUCCCGUUGUAAUGGAGGCGAUUGUAAAUUACAUGUACUCAGCUGAGAUCGACAUCAAUGACGACAACGUGCAGGAUGUCCUGGCAGUCGCCAGUCGCUUCCAGAUCCCGUCGGUUUUCACAGUUUGUGUGAAUUUUCUUCAGCAGAAGCUGACUAUGAAGAACUGCCUUGCCAUCUACAGGCUCGGUCUGAUGAUCAACUGCCCCAGACUGGCAAUAGCAGCUCGAGAUUACAUCGCCGAUCGAUUUGUGACCGUCGCAAAAGAUGAGGACUUUUUGGAACUCGCUCCUCACGAACUCUUUGCUCUUAUUGGAGCAGAUGCCCUUAACGUGGAGAAGGAGGAAGUGGUGUUUGAGACUCUCAUGAGGUGGAUCAGGAAAAACAAGGAGAACCGCAUUAAAUCCUUACAGGAGGGCUUUGAUUGCAUCCGUUUCCGUUUACUACCAGAGAAGUACUUCAAGGAAAAGGUCGAAAAGGACGAUCUCAUCAAAAACGAUCCGGAGAUUACCAAAAAAAUGAAAGAGAUCAGGGAUGCAUUUGCAGGCAAGUUGCCAGAGAAGAAAAAGGGUGACGGGGAAGGGGAAGAAGCCAAGUUGCCCGGAUACCUUAACAAUACCCGUCGAUAUGGAAUGUUCGCAAAAGACUUGGUGCUGAUGAUCAACGACACAGCUGCGGUGGCCUACGACGGACAGGAAAAUGAAUGUUUUUUGGCCGCUAUGACGGAGCAAAUCCCCCGCAACCAUGUCAGUCUGGUGUCAAAGAACAACAACCUCUACGUGUUGGGAGGACUCUUUGUAGAUGAAGACAACAAAGAAAACCCGUUGCAGUGCUACUUCUACCAGAUGGACAACAUUGCUGGUGGUUGGAUUGCAUUGCCACCCAUGCCCUCUCCCAGGUGUUUGUUUGCCAUGGGGGAGUUUGAGAAGCUCAUCUUUGCUGUGGCUGGUAAAGACUUGGAGAGCAACGAGUCUCACGACACGGUUAUGUGCUACGACACCGAAAAAAUGAAGUGGGCUGAAACAAAAAAGUUGCCGCUGAGAAUCCAUGGACACAGUGUGGUGUCGGAGAACGGGCUUGUUUAUUGUAUAGGCGGGAAAACCGAUGAUAACAAACCUACCAAUAAGAUGUUCGCGUAUAACCACAAGAGGUCCGAGUGGAAAGAAGUGGCCUCCAUGAAAACACCUCGAGCCAUGUUCGGAGCGAUAAUCCAUAAAGGGAAGAUCGUUGUGGCUGGAGGAGUCAAUGCAGAGGGCCUUACUGCUGCAUGUGAAGCAUAUGACUUUUCAACCAACAAGUGGUCACCAUUCACAGAGUUUCCCCAAGAACGGAGCUCAAUCAACUUGGUCAGCUGUGGAGGACUCAUGUACGCCAUUGGAGGCUUCGCAAUGGUGCAGAAUGACAACAAGGAGUGUGAACCAGUUGAAGCCUUGGACAUUUGGCAGUACGAAGACGACAAAAAGGAGUGGACAGGGAUGAUCCGGGAGAUGCGUUAUGCGGCCGGAGCUUCCUGUGCAGCCAUGCGCCUAAAUGCGGCCCGCAUGGCCAAGCUGUAA